AUGUUUAGUCCACGUAGUUCCAUUCCAUUGAAUCCGAAUGACUAUAUUUUGAUAUGUGAUGCAAAAAUAAACGAACUCAAGAAUAGGAAAUUAGGAGAAAUCAUUACUGGUGGAAGAAUAGGCUAUAUCGAUCACAAUGUUUCAUGUUCCGAUCAUAAACCAGUAACAUUAACAUGUAAAAAACAGAUUUCAGAGCAAGAUUUCAAUAAAAUUACAAAAGCUCUCGAAAACGAAUACAGAUUAUCAUUUUCAGUUGCCGGAUUUCCAGUUGCUUCUUAUUCUCACAAUGAAUUUCGUUAUCGUGGAAUUCCAUUUGGCUACAAAGAUGGACCUGAUGUUUUACUUAGAACGAAAUAUAUUUUUAAUGUUGCAUGCGAGACGAAGCAUCCAGGACAUGCAAUGCAAUUCGAUUCUUUAACAGAAACAGAUUCUUAUCAAAUCAUAAAACCAGGGUCUACUGCUAAUUUCCAGUUUGUUAUUUCUUCAAAAACAGCAGAUACUGGAUUAUCAUCUUUGAAUAGAGACCCAGAUUACGCAAUUAGCAAGAGAAAUUCAAGAUUAUAUCUUUUACUUUCAUUUUUAAUUACGGCUGUUACAUUGGGAUCUUCUAUUUACAUUUACAUCCAAAACAGAGUAUCAGAUAGCGAUAAUACGCAUACUCUUGAAAUGGACCUUGAAUCCGAAACUAAUUUCGAAGAAAUAGGUUGGAGAUUACUUCAUGGAGAUAUAUUUAGAAGUCCUCCGCAUCCAAUUCUUUUGUCUUCUUUUGUUGGAGUCGGAUUUGAUAUUUUAUUAACAGUUUUCUUCGUUUUCGUAUGCUCAGGACUCGGAUUCUUCGAAAUAGUUUCAUUUUCUACCUUUGUUGAACCAUUUAUCCUUAUAUUUUUCUUAAUUACUCCAAUUUCUGGAUUUUUAUCGACGAAACUCUUCAAAACAAUCAGCCGUCAGUACUGGAAACGCAAUCUUCUUACAUCGGGCUUACUCGCUACUGGAUUCUUCUGUUCUCUUUACCUUAUUUUGCAAAUAAAAUUUAUGGGAAACAAAUCUCCAGCGUCAGUCCCCAUAAAAUACAUUCUGAAAGUAUCCUUCAUGCUCAUGAUAGGCUGUUUCUUCUUCCAUUUCUUCGGAUCCGUCCCUGCUCUCAAAGGAACUCCAUUUGAGUUUCCAACAGCUAUAAAUCAGCUUCCAAGACACAUUCCUCAGCAGCCAUUCACAUCAUCUAUGUUCAUGAUGAUGCUCUGCGGUGGUGUACAGCCAUUUAUUAUCAUUGCAUUAGAUUUUCAUUUAAUUCUCGAGUCAUUGUGGACAGGAUUGUCAUUUUUCGAUUGCUGGGGGCAUGCAUCCAUCUCUGUUAUCCUUGCUUUGUUUACAUCUGUUGGUGUUUCCAUUCUUUCUGUUUACAUUUCUGUUUCUAAUGAAGAUUACAGAUGGUGGUGGAGAGCUUUCAUGACUCCUGCGGCCAGUGGAUUAUUCUUGUUCGGAUAUUCCAUGUUUUACGUGUUGUUUACCGUUAGACCUUUGUUUGGCGGAUUAAUUCCGUAUUUGAUUCAAUCUGCGAUGAUGGCAUUCGUAGCAUCACUUGCAAUGGGAUGUGCUGGAUUCAUUGGAUCUUUCAUCUUCAUUUGUGCGUUGUACAAAGCGCUCAAAAUGGAGUAA